AGAAAAAGAAAAAGAAAAAGAAAAAGGAAAAAGAACGACGGGAGAAAAAGAAAGAAAAAAUUGGGAACAGAAGGCAAGAGACUUGUCUGUUUCCCGAACCUCGGCCGUAGCUUUUUUCCGCCCCUCGAGAAAUAUUAGCCCUCAAUAAAUUGCCCACCACCGCCGCCGUCCGGCUGAAUCUCGACCACUUCCCUGCGACUCACGACUUCGAAACAUCUUCUUCCUCUACAGAUUCCGCUUCACAUGGACUCCAUCGGAAUCUCGGAUCCCUCUCCGCCGUUCAAUCCGUUCAACUUCAAGGACUGUUCUCAACAAAUUUGCACCGCCUUCUGUCCACAGUGGUGCGCCUUCUUGUUCCCGCCGCCUCCGCCGUUCUUCGGCCUCGACGAUAGCGACGAUUCCAGUACGUUCUUCUCGCCACUUAUAGUCGCAGUGAUCGGGAUCUUAGCGAGCGCGUUUGUUCUCGUCACUUACUACGCGAUCGUCUCGAAAUAUUGCCGACGGAGUGUUAGCGACGGCGGAGGCGGAGGACCGGAGGAGAGUUUCGAGACGAAUCGAGCGAUUAACGAAACGCGGAGGUCUAGUGCGGGAUCUGGAUUGGAUGAGGCGCUGAUUAAAUCGAUCUCGGUUUACAAGUUCAAGAAGGGCGAAGGAUUGAUCGAAGGAAGCGAUUGCUCUGUUUGUUUGAGUGAAUUUCAAGAGAAUGAGAGUUUGCGAUUGUUGCCCAAAUGUAGUCACGCUUUUCAUCUCCCCUGUAUUGAUACUUGGCUGAAAUCCAAUUCGAGUUGCCCUCUCUGUCGCAGCAAUAUCGCUUCAACGAAUCCUCCUCCUCAGGAGACUCCACCACCGCCCGUGACGGCGCUAGGUUACCGCCACAGCAGCGACGCCGCUGUGGUCGUCGUCCAAGAUUUAUCCGCAAACGUAAGCCAGGAAUCCGUCGUAGUUGAAAUCGUAAGCGAUUCAACUAAUCAAGAACAAGAAAAUCCGAAUCCGAGAAGUUUCGAUCAAGGAGACGGCAGAACAGAGAGAAGAGAAGAAUCGAUCCAUUCGAUUAGGUCAGUUUCAGAAGAUCAUCACUCCUCUCCAUGUCCAGGCGAGAAUCUCUCUGUUGCGGAUGUAUUGAGCAUCAACCACGAAGAAGACGAAGAAAUUGAAGCUCUAGAUUCAUCCAUGGCAGCCGGAAUCGGUCCCUCAAACGGCAACAACAAAGAAACAGAAAAAUCCAGAAACAAAAACGGCGUACUGAGAAUGUCGAUUUCAUCUGGAAUUUUCUCGUUCACAAGGUAUACAAAAGGGAAGAACCCGAAUUCACCAAAUUAACGUCAAAUUUUUUCAGAAUCAAAAGUUUCAACACAGAAAAAUCAUCUCACCAAGAUCUCCGAAGAAACGUUGUUGAAUCGAUUCUGUGUUCAUCAACUGCAAAAAACUGCAGCAAAAUUUCUGAAGAACACAGUACUGGAGGUACGUUACAUCUCCCAGGCUCCAUCCAUUUUUCAUUUCUUUUCUUUUUUUCCUUUCCAAAAUCAAGAUUGUCGGUUUGGACGAUUCUGAUUUGUGCUUUCUGUUAAUUUCCAAAACUCACAGUUAAUUUUAAUGAUAAUCAACUACUAAAUUUAAAAUAUUAUUGUAU